CGCGCAGCGGUGAAACCAGUAUAUUGCCGGCUUCUAGCAGUUAUAGUCAGUUCGUUACGUAACUGCUGCAUUCUGAACUUCUCUGAAAUCUUAUUGUAAAAGUACAACUCUAAAGUACUAUAUCAUUAAACAAUGGUGUUGAAAGAAUCCUCUUGUACACCUUUUGUGAACCAUCAUCACCAUCACCUCCAUCAUCACCAUCAUCAUAACAAAGAUGAUGAGUUUGACGAGGAAAGUUUAAUCUCCAAGUCUGAUAACUGUGGAAAAAAGGGACAUGGUAACAUGGUGGACGACCAACUAGCUCUGCCAUCAGGCCAGGAAGAUAUGGAGUCGACGGUCACUGAGAACAGCGACGACAGCUAUGAGACUGAUCGUGGCAAUUGGAGUAAUAAACUGGACUACAUUCUCGCCAGUGUAGGAUAUGCUGUGGGGUUAGGGAACGUUUGGCGCUUUCCUUACCUGUGUUAUCGAAGUGGAGGAGGAGCCUUUUUAAUUCCUUACAUCUCAUUCUUGGUGAUUUGUGGAAUGCCCCUCUUCAUCCUGGAGAACUGUUUUGGUCAGUUUGCAAGUCUCGGACCUGUCUCAAUUUGGAAGAUUUCACCAAUCUUCAAAGGUGUGGGAUAUGCAAUGGUGUUGGUUUCUGGCAUAGUCUGCACCUACUACAAUGUAAUCAUUGCGUGGACUCUGUAUUACCUGUACAAGUCUGUGGGUGCAGUAGUACCAUGGGCAACGUGUGGUAAUUGGUGGAACACUAUUCGUUGUGUGGAUCACCAUGAGCAGAGUGGGAACAUAUCAUUGGGACUCAAUGACACUGUUAAUCAAAAUAUAACUACAAUAGAUUUGUCUAAUAGAAUGACAUCUAGUGAAGAAUACUGGCUGUUUUAUGUACUACGUCUCAGUGAUGGAAUUGAAGAACCUGGAGAACCAAGAUGGCCACUUGUUUUAUCAUUAUUUGUUGCCUGGAUGAUUGUAUUUUUAUGCUUAAUGAAAGGUGUUCAGUCUUCUGGUAAGGUUGUUUAUAUAUCGGCAACUUUUCCCUAUAUCAUCUUGAUUGUCCUUUUUAUUCGAGGCGUAACAUUACCAGGUUCUUUCAAAGGUAUAAUGUUUUACUUGACUCCUCGUUGGGAACUUCUGAAAUCUUUUGAGGUGUGGGCUGAUGCUGCUACCCAGAUUUUUUAUUCAGUUGGUACUUCAUGGGGAGCAGUUUUGACUAUGGCAAGUUACAACCGUUUCAAUAACAACUGCUAUAGGGAUGCCAUCCUGAUUCCUAUUGUCAACUGCUGCACUAGCAUCUUUGCUGGCUUUGUUGUUUUCUCCAUUAUUGGAUUCAUGUCUUAUGAAACUGGAAAACCCAUAGAGGAUGUUGUUUCUCAGGGUCCAGGCUUGGCAUUUGUUGUCUACCCUGAAGCUGUUGCCCGACUACCAAUUUCCCCUCUCUGGGGGUUGCUCUUUUUCACCAUGCUGUUUACAAUUGGUCUAGAUACUCAGUUUGGAAUGUUUGAAGCACUUGUCAGCUCAUUUGUGGAUGAAUUUCCAACUUUUUUCAAAAAUAAGAAAAUAGCCCUGACAGCUUUCAUGAGCAUUGUCUUAUUUCUCUUAGGAAUUCCCUGCGUUACAAGGGGAGGAAUGUAUUUUCUUCAACUCAUGGACUGGUACAGUGCCACAUUUUCCCUGAUGAUAAUUGCUUUGUUUGAGACAAUUGUGAUCUGUUGGGUUUAUGGUGUAGAACGUUUUAUGCUGGACAUCAACAUUAUGCUUAAUCGUACUCUUCCAUUGUGGUGGAAACUGUGUUGGUGUUAUAUCACUCCAAUUACUAUUUUUUGUCUUCUGUUGUUCAUCAUGAUCAACCACACAACAAUUACUUAUAACCAAUAUGUCUAUCCCACUUGGUCUGUGGGUUUAGGCUGGUGUAUAGCAAUGUCAUCAUUGGUUCCUAUUCCUGGUUAUGCAGUAUUACAUAUGUACAAAGCUAAAGGUACUUUUAAACAGAGGUUGCUUGAGUGUUUGCGACCAUCUCCUGAAUGGGGCCCAGCCCACUCCAAACAUCGCUUGCUGUAUAAAGAAAGCCUUAGCCUAAUGACCAGUCGGUUUAAUCAGACCCAAGUUGCCAGCUUACACAAUAGUGCUAGUUCAACUUCCUGCAGAAAAAUUUCAUUAAAUCAAGAACCCACAGAAGAAAUAACUAAAGAACUUCCUCCACAGUAUGAGAGUAUGGUUUAGCAAAGUUAAUUGGUGUGAUGGAUAGCUAGAAAAAAUUUAGCUCAAAACAGCACACACCCAUUUAGUCUCCUCCAAGACUGAUAUGCCUUUCCUGGAAUGCCUAGUGAAGCAUAUAUAGCCUUUUUUUUGUGAGGAGAAUUUUUUUUCUAUGAUAUUAUAGAGGACAUUAACAUUCUCUCAAAAGCUUUGAGUUUCUGUAUGAAAGCCUUUGUUUAUUUAGAAUUUAAGUAUAACUUUUUCAAAAUAAGGUAUUUAUUUACAAAACUUUUUAAAUCAUAUUUUUCCAUUUAAGAAGUAUUCAAAUGUGUUUGUGCAUUGAUUCAAUUUUCCUUUUCACAAAUACAGUGUACAUUAAAAACAGGGAGGGCUGCAUUCACAUUGGGGAUUUCAUUUAUGUAUUAGUAUUAUUUUGUUCCUUUAAUGAUAAUUCCAAGUUGAAGUAUUUAUUCAAGAAACACUUGCAUCUGUUUUAAACUGUUUGUUAUACCUUAUAUACUUGGAUUGCUAGGCAGUAUUAUUCUUGUACACUGUACAUGAGUGUUGUGAACUGAUGAUAGUAAGCCAGUGUAGUUGUUGAAAAACAAAGGAGAAAUAUUUGUGCAUUUGUAAUAAAUGCAUUCUUAAUCUUCCAUACUGUAACUGUAACAGAUGAGAUUGAAGUAAAUGAAACAUGGUCAGCAGUAAUAAAGUAUUGUAUACAUUAGGUUGAGACUGUGUAUGGUCAAAUAUACAACUAACUUAGCUAUGUGUAAAGAUUCAAACUAUACUUCACUAGUGUACAUAAUUUCAUCAUCCAAUCUAAAAUCUAUGAUAGAGGUGAAUUACAGUAAUAUAAUUCUGGUAAAAAAGUUUUGCAAAGUCAGUUUUUUGAUUAAUUAUUAGGCCUUGUAAUUGACUUUUUUUUUCUUUAAAUGAUUUUACAAAUUACUUUCAAUAUGUGUAAUAUAUGAUAAAGUUUGUAUCUUUAUGUACACAAUGCCAUUAAAUAAGACCAAAUUGAAACAAUCAAGUUUGAAACUAUCUUACUUCGUGAGUACUGCAUAUUGGUAAUGUACAUAUCUCUCUUAAAAUAGCAUGAAUUGUGCAUUUUCAAAUCACAUUAACCAAAUAUUUUCACUAAUCAAAUUAUGACCUUUACUUAUUUUAUUUUUUAAGUUUUCAACUGGGUUAGUUGUUAGUUUUUAAGGAGCAUUAAAAUAAUUACUCAUUUAGUAAUUUCACUAUGGCAGAUUUUAUUUCAGGUCACACUGUAUCUUUAAAAACGUUGCACAAUAUUGUCUUGGUACUUAGUUUGCUUAAAUAAUGACUAUUAUAAGUAAUGUAGAAGUGUAGCAAAGAUGUUGUCAUACAGCUCAUUUUCAUGCUUUUAUAGUUUGAAGCUAUAAAAAAAAAAACUGAAACCAUAACGUUCCAUAUAGAGUUCA